AUGAUGCUGAGUGGCACAUGUCUGCGGCUGUCCCUAGUGGUCGCCGUAUUCCUCAUCGCGGCGAUAUUUCUGGUUCCCCAGCUCCCCCACGUCGGUUAUAAUGCGCCCACCAAGAUCGGGGGCCUUGCGCCAGGGCCGACCAAGGACGCGUCCACCAACGUGGUGAGCCCUAUCAACCAAAACGACAACAUAGGCGAGGAUCAUGGUGUUGUUGCCACGCCUUCACCAGCGCCCGCCGAAUCGGCAGUAGCCGCGCCUUCACAUUCCGCGCCGCCAGCCCCAGCCAGCGACGCGAAACCACCCUUAGCGAAGAAGGUAUCGAGGCUUGAAGCCGGCCAAAAGCUGUCGCCUUUCCACCUGACCUCCCCCUCCGGCCGCUACGAGCUCCGUCUUCUCGAUAGCGGAUCUCUCUCUCUUGUCGAUACCAAGACCGAAGUAGAGCUAUUCACCUCCGACACCGAAUACUAUUGGCCCGUCACAUGGCAGGUCGAGCUCACGCAGGAGGGUGUGCUGAUGCUCUCCUGGGCCAACGAGACUGCAGCACCCUACGGCGCUACGCCGUGGAUAUCGAAUCUCCUUCCCGACUGCGAUUCGGUCGAUCCCGGCGACGAGAAGCCAGUGCUCGAGCUCUUGGACAGUGGCAAGCUACACAUUCGCGCGGGCAGUAAGACGACAUGCACACUUCAUCGCGCCGCCGACGACAAGGGUCGCCUGGCGAUUGUAUAUACCGGUUUCCUGCGAACUUAUCUGAAAACCUGCAAGGACCAGAAUGAGAAGCUGGUCAAGACGUGGACUGGCACCGGUGGCGUUGAUAUCCACGUCUUUACGUAUUUGGAGGAUGUCAAUCACGACUCAGGCGACGGUGUUGAUAAAGAAAGCAUCACAAAACAUCUUAAGUCUUGCUUCGGAGACGCCCUCAAGACCGUCGAGAUCAUGAAACUAGACGACGUCAAGGAGAAGGCGGUAAACCCUCCCGAGGUACUGGUUAAGGUGUGUGGAGAGGAGAAGUUGAACCACCAGCUUAGCCAGUGGAAAGCCCUCUACCUCGCCGGCCAACAGGUGCAGCGUUACAUGGUCGAGCAGGGCAUUUCAUACGACUAUAUCUACAAGGGACGCCUAGAUCUGCAAUUCUGGGGUGACUCGCCCGCGCUAUCGUCCCUCAAAGUGCCUGAGAACGGCAUCCUGGCCCCCCGCGUCGCACUGGAUUGGACAUGGUACGCGAUGCUGCACGACGGUGAACUGCGUGCGGGUGUCACUGACAUCACGGCUUUCGGACGUCCCAACGCCAUGUUCACCUAUCUGGCUCUGUAUCGCGAGUUCAUCCACCUCCGGGCGCUGGAGAAGGAGAGCGCCAAGUGGAAGGGGUUCAACACCAAGACAAGAGCCAAAACGGCUGACGGUCACGACAAUGAGGCAUGUACGCCGGAGGGUAUUCUGGCUUACUGGCUUCGGAUCAAUGGGAUUACCGUAAAGACUGAAUGGCGGUUCCAGAUGGGGUUGCUGCGCGGAAACGGGCAGUUGAUCUUCACUUGUCCCGAAGGUAGAGGUUGGCUUUGUCCCAAUUUCAUCCCGCAGGUUCAUGAUGAUGGGACACUGUUCUAG